UACUUAACUUUCCUUUCCCUUCAAAGAUCAUUUGACAUCUUCUUCUUCUUCUUCUUCUUCUUUUUCCCUCUUUUUCUCUUUCUCUGUCUCAGUGAUGGGUUUGUUUGGGACGAAGAAGAUUGGUAAAUAUGAGAUAGGAAGGACAAUCGGAGAAGGGAAUUUCGCAAAAGUGAAACUUGGUUACGACACGACCAAUGGUACCUACGUAGCUGUCAAAAUCAUAGACAAGGCUCUGGUUAUCCAAAAGGGUCUAGAGUCUCAAGUCCAGAGAGAGAUACGGACGAUGAAGCUUCUUAACCAUCCCAACAUCGUACAGAUACACGAGGUGAUUGGGACCAAGACAAAGAUCUGUAUUGUGAUGGAAUACGUUGCAGGUGGUCAGCUUUCAGACAAACUUGGAAGACAUAAGAUGAAAGAAUCAGAUGCCAGAAAGCUUUUCCAGCAAUUGAUUGAUGCUGUUGAUUAUUGUCAUAACAGAGGAGUUUAUCACAGAGAUCUUAAGCCACAAAACUUGCUAUUAGAUUCAAAGGGCAAUCUCAAAGUUUCUGACUUUGGACUAAGUGCAGUGCCUAAGUCAGGUGAUAUGCUCUCAACAGCUUGUGGGUCUCCAUGUUAUAUAGCACCAGAGCUGAUUAUGAACAAAGGGUACUCAGGAGCAGCAGUGGAUGUAUGGUCUUGUGGAGUAAUUUUAUUUGAGUUGCUUGCUGGUUAUCCACCUUUCGAUGAUCAUACGCUUGCGGUUUUGUAUAAGAAGAUACUCAGAGCAGAUUACACUUUCCCACAGGGAUUCAGUAGAGAGCAAAAGAAGCUGAUCUUUAACAUUCUUGACCCAAAUCCUCAGAGGCGAAUGACAUUAGCUGAGAUAAUCAUCCAAGAUUCUUGGUUUAAGAUAGGUUAUGUACCUGCUUAUCAGCAAGUGUCAGACUCAAUCAAGGAAAAUGUUGCGGAAAUAAAUGCAGCAACCGCGUCUUCAAAUUUCAUAAAUGCUUUUCAGAUAAUAGCAAUGUCUAGUGAUCUAGAUUUGUCAGGUCUCUUCGAAGAACAUGAUGAUAAGAGAUAUAAAACAAUGAUUGGGUCCAAAAACACAGCACAAGAAACAAUCAAGAAGAUUGAAGCUGCAGCAACUGGUGUUAGUUUAUCAGUUGAAAGAAUAAAGCACUUCAAGGUUAAGAUUCAGCCGAAAGAGAUAAGACCAAGAUCUUCCUAUGACUUAUUAUCGGCAGAGGUGAUUGAGGUGACUCCAACCAAUUGUGUAAUAGAAAUAUCAAAAUCCGCAGGCGAGUUAAGACUAUACAUGGAGUUUUGCCAGAGUUUAUCCAGCUUGCUUACCGCGGAAGUAAGCUAGGUGCAAAAGAUUCUCAAGUAAAAUGAUGUGACAGAUGAUGAACAGAGGAAGCAAAUAAAGCAUAUUUUGCAGAUUUUUGAAGUUCCAUGCACUGAAAGAAGACAAUGAAGAGAAGGGAUCCUAAAAAUAAUUAAUGUCUUGUGAUCCCAAAGGGUUUUUAUACAGGGUGUAAAGUGACGGAUUUUUUCUAAGCAAAUUUUGAACAAAAAAAAAAAA